GUAUAUGAUGGGCCCACCAUUCAUUCUCGUCCUAUUGCAACAUACUGUGGCACAGACCGUGCUUCUUUUGCAUCCUCUGGCAGUUCGAUGACCAUCCAGUUCCAGUCAGAUUCGUCUGUGACUGGAAAAGGCUUUCUUAUGGAGUGGUAUGCAGUGGAUGCUUCUGCCAUGACACACACCAUUGCUAGAGGUGAAUGUGGAGGGACUGCAACAGCUGAAGAAACACCAUCGUUCCUCUUCUCGCCAGGCUGGCCUAGGAAUUACAGAAAUUUUGCUGACUGUGUGUGGCUUAUCAGAGCUCCUGGAUACACCGUGGAGUUCAAUAUCCUGGCCUUAGACAUAGAGUCCCAUAGCUCAUGCAACUAUGACAAAAUUCUUAUCCGAGAUGGAGACACUAGUCUUUCUCCAGUGCUGGCUACUCUGUGUGGACAAGAACCUCCUGGGCCAAUAAGAUCAACUGGAGAGGUGAUGUUCAUCCACUUCAUGUCAGACGCGAGUGUCACUGGAGCAGGAUUUAAUGCCUCUUAUCACAAAAGUUGUGGAGGCUAUUUGCAUGCAGACAAGGGUGUGAUAACAACCCCCAGCUACCCUCAAGACUACGCUCCUAAUCUGAAUUGUUCCUGGCGUGUAGUGGUAACCUCUGGAUCUGUCAUUGCUGUCCAUUUUGAACAGCCUUUCCAGGUUAAGAGUGAGGAUACUUCCUGCAGCCUUGGGGAUUAUGUAGAGCUGAAGAAUGGGUUAGAUAGUGCUGCCCCACCGUUGGUGUCUGGAAGAAGGGACGGCCGGUUUUGUGGAAGCAGUGCCAUCUCCACCAUGUAUACCACAGACAAUCAGCUGUUUGUCCACUUCAUUUCUGACAGCAGAAAUGAGGGUCAAGGAUUCAAACUGAAAUAUGAGGCUAAGAGUCUAGCUUGUGGAGGGAAUAUUUAUAUCAAUGAUUUCAACCCCAGUGGAUAUAUAUCUUCUCCCGACUAUCCAAGCAAUUAUCCCCUGCAUGCUGACUGUGUCUGGACCAUAACUGCUCCUAAUGGACAUGCAGUAGAGCUGCAAUUUGAAGAUCAGCUCUCCAUUGAACCUUCAGCAAACUGUGCUUCCAGUUACCUAGAGCUGCGUGAUGGUGCUGACUCCACUGCCCCAGUCAUUGCCAAGCUGUGUGGAGAUCUGAUGCCAGGCUCACAGAGAUCCUCAGGAGCUGUCAUGUACCUGAGGUUCAGGUCUGACAGCAAUGCCACGCAUGUUGGAUUCAAUGCUAAAUACUCCCUCGCUUCCUGUGGUGGAACGGUGAUAGGACAAAGUGGCAUCGUUGAAAGCACAGGGUAUCCUGAGCUACAUUAUCAAGACAACCUGCUGUGUGAAUGGUUUCUGCAGGGUCCCAGGGGCCACUAUCUUACCGUCAGAGUAGAAGGCCUAGAUAUCCAAAACUCCUCUGAGUGCACAAACGACUUUGUGGAGAUCCGAGAAUACAACGCUUCUGGAAAUUUGUUGGGCAGGUACUGUGGUAAUACUCUCCCUGAUGCUGUGUACACCUCUGACAGCUUUGCUUAUGUCAAGUUUGUCAGUGAUGGAUCAGUCAAUGCCCGAGGAUUCAGACUGCGCUUUGAAUCCAGUGAUGAAGCAUGUGGUGGGGAUUUUACUGCCCCUGUUGGAACAUUUACUUCACCGAACUAUCCCAACCUAUACCCCCAUAAUCGAGUGUGUGAGUGGAGGAUCACAGUGGAAGAAGGUCAACGUGUGACCCUAACCUUUAAUGAUAUGAACACUGAAGAACACUGGAGGUGCUCAUCAGAUUACGUGGCUAUUUACAAUGGCCUCAGAGAGAACUCGCCUCGGCUGGCCAAGCUGUGUGGUGAUGUGAACCCAGGCACUGAGGUGAAAUCCUCUGGAAACACAAUGAAGGUCAUUUUUGUGACAGACAUGUCCCAUGCAACCAGAGGUUUCAGUGUCUCAUACACAUCUAGUGAAGAUGCAGUUUGUGGUGGAACACUGAUGGGGAAUAUAGGUGGGAACUUCUCUUCUCCUGGUUAUGAUGGUGUCAAAAAUUACACAAGCAACUUGAACUGUGAAUGGACCAUUGAAAACCCCUCCCACUAUAAUUCAUCCAUAUAUAUAUCUUUUGAGAAUUUCCACUUGGAACGUCACCAGGACUGCCAGUAUGACUACCUAGAGUUACAAAUAGGAGAUGCUGAUGGAGAGCUAAUAGCCAGACUUUGUGGUCAGGCUGCACCACCUGUGCCACUAGUCAUAGCUGCCCCUCAGAUCUGGGUACACUUUGUAACUGAUGAAAAUACAGAAGACAAAGGAUUCUUGGCCCAUUACACAUUUGAAGCCUGUGGUGGUAUACAGUCAGGUGAAAGGGGAGUUAUCUCAAGUCCUAACUACCCAGAGCCUUACAGCAAUCUGAAUCACUGCGCCUGGUUGUUGGAAGCCCCUGAAGGUGAAACCAUCACUCUUACUUUUACAGCCUUCCACAUUGAAAAUCAUUCACUUUGUGAGUGGGACUCUGUCACUAUCCUGAACGGAGGCUCUCCUGGCUCUCCUCUCAUAGGGAGGUACUGUGGAAACACAUCCCCUGGGACUGUCCAGUCUGGGUCCAGCAAGCUAUUCAUCAUCUUUAACUCUGAUCACUCCAUUCAAGGAGGUGGCUUUUAUGCAACAUGGACAGCAGAAUCUCUAGGAUGUGGUGGAAUCAUUCAUUCAGAUAAUGGUAUGAUCAGGUCUCCUCAUUGGCCUCAGAACUUCCCCAUGAACACCAGAUGCACAUGGACCAUCAUUACACAUGAAAGCAAACACCUGGAGAUGAACUUCCACAGUAACUUCCAGAUUCCAGAUAGCAAUGGAAGCUGCCAGAGCAGUUAUGUGAAGGUGUGGAGAGGAAAUGAUGAAGAAGAAGAAGCAGCUUUGUUAACCAGAGGAUGUGGAAGUUUGGCUCCUUAUCCUGUUGUUGCUCCAAACAAUGUGAUAACUACAGUAUUCCAGUCUCAGGAUGCUCCUGGGACAGGUUUCUCUGCAUCUUUCAUAAGCAGAUGUGGAGUAAACUUCACCAGGCCUGCAGGUCGUGUCGUCUCUCCUAACUACCCGAGCCAGUAUGAUAACAACCUGAACUGCAGCUACAUCAUAGAUCAGGGACCACAGUCAGUGGUCAUCCUGGAGUUUGAGACUUUCCACUUGGAAG